AUGCUGACCAUGUCGGUGUGCUUCUUGAUGUUGGCGUACGGCGUCGACUGUACGUCUCGUGGCCUAGCUUUGUUGUUGAUGUGCUGCAUCGGUGGCGCUUUCGGUCUCUCCAUUAGCGGAUUUCUUACCAGUCUAUUGUCGUUAGCACCGAAUUUCAUCGGCAUUAUCACUAGCGUAUCUCAAAUAAUCGGUUUCGGUGGUCGGAUGGCAACUCCUCAAAUCAUCACUCAUUUUAAAACAGUCGGUACAGUUGAAGAAUGGCGUGCAAUUCUGCUGGUGUACUCUGUCAUGACUCUUUUGUCGGCUGCUCUAUUCCUCAUUUGGGGUUCAGGAGAAGUGCAACCAUGGAAUUCACACAAAGGCAAGGAAAUAAAGCUUGUUGACUUACGGAGAGAAAGCAAAACCCUAGUUGAUCGAGAGGUGCAGGCUCAAACUGAGCGAUGA